AUGACUGACUGCUCUUUGUUCUUACGUACUUUUAAGCAAAGCAAAGCAGCAGUUCGACUGAAAGAAGAUAUGAAAAAGAUAGUGACGGUGCCACUGAAUGAGCUGAGAGAUUCCACUUACACAAAGUUAUUUGGCAUCAGCCUCGAAGACCUUCAUCAGCAGGGCCUCACUGAGAAUGGUGUUCCGGCUGUAGUGUGGCACAUAGUGGAGUACUUGACACAGCACGGACUUGCCCAGGAAGGUCUUUUUAGAGUGAAUGGUAACGUGAAGGUGGUGCAACAACUUCGCCUGAAGUAUGAGAGUGGCACACAUGUGGAGCUUGGGAAAGAUGGCGACGUUUGCUCAGUAGCCAGUCUGCUGAAGCUCUUCCUGAGGGAGCUGCCAGAAAGACUGAUUCCAUCAGAGCUACACCCUCAAUUCCUUCAGCUUCUUCAGGGUUAG